AAACGCGAGCACUCUUCUCUCUCUUCGCGACUCCGAAUACUCCGAUUUUGACAAGUAGUCGCCAUCUUCCCGUGUUGACAUUGGUUGGUCCCGCGCGAGCUUGGAAAAUCGUGUCUCCUUCUGCUUCACGAUGGACGACGCGGCGCCGAGUGCGUCGUCCGGGCAAUCCGCGACGGCGAAGUACGAGGAAAGGAUAAAGCGAUUCAGAGAACUCCACGCCAAGAGGAACGAGGCCAGAAUGCAGAAUCACAAGGAAGUCGUGGAGGAGGAUAAGAGGAACAAGCUGCCUGCCAAUUGGGAGUCCCGCAAGAGACAGGCCGAAUGGAUAACGCAGGACGAGGCCGCCAGGAAGGAGGCAGAAGCUAAGGGUGAAGACUAUGAGCGGAAAAAAUUACUGAGCAUCGAUGCCACCGAAGCAGAGAGAAUAGCCAGGAAGAAGAGAAGCAAACAAAAUCCCGACCCAGGCUUCUCGGACUACGAACAAGCGGCGGUACGUUCUUACAACAGACAGGUGAAGAACAUCAAGCCGAACAUGGAGAUGUACGAAGAAGCGAAGGAGAAGCUAGGCCCUGCCUUUUACGGCGACCCGAAUACGAUAUUGCACGGCUUGCACGAGGACAAGAAGGAAGCGGUAGAUAAAAUGGUCACCAAUCUAGAGAAGCAAAUCGCGAAACGGGAGAAGUACAGCAGGCGCAGAAUGCACAACGACGACGCGGAUAUUGAUUACAUCAACGAGCGUAACGCCAAGUUCAAUCAGAAACUGGAGAGAUUCUACGGCGAGUAUACACGGGAAACGAAGCUAAACUUGGAGAGGGGUACGGCUAUAUAACGGGAGAACAUUGUUGUAAUUAUCACAAAUACUUGUAUUUUACGUAUUACAUAAUCUUUUAUACAAAUAAGAAAAUCUGUAGAGAGAGAAAAAGAAUUUCGCGAUGUUCAAUCGAAUGUACCUUUGGUCGUUCUCACGCGAUGCGCACAUUAUUCUGCGAUUACGAAAUUCGGACGAUCCGUAGAAAUUGCUUUCGAGAAAAGAGAAAUGUAAUCGCCAGAAAAACGGGGAAAACUAUUCAACGAGUCUAAUAACGCGCGUGCACUAAACGUAAAUAAAAAAUUAAGUUAAAUUAUUACA